ACUAUAAAAGAGAGAGAGAUGAUUGCGACUGGAAGCUUUGUUUGGGAGAACCUUAGGUGAAACUGUUUGAAUCGAUUGUUUCGUCAAUUGGUGUUGAGAUAUUGUUGUGUUGUUGAGUUCUGAUGGGGAAAGGAGGGCAAGACUAUGGGAAAAAGGAGAGUUUGGGGAGAGAAUCAUCAUCGAGAGGAGAUUUCUUCGCUGCUUGGGCUAAAGAUGUUCAAGAAUGCGAAGAGAAGUAUGGGGUGAAUCGGGAUUACGGAUUGUCGCCCGAUGAAGUGGAGAAGAAGCGGCAGAUCUAUGGAUGGAAUGAAUUGGAGAAACAUGAAGGCCAUUCUAUUUUGAGAUUGAUUUUGGAUCAGUUUAAUGAUACUCUAGUGAGGAUUUUACUUGUUGCUACUGUGGUAUCUUUUGUCUUGGCUUGGUAUGAUGGUAAGGAAGGUGGGGAAAUGGAGAUCACUGCUUUUGUGGAGCCUCUGGUGAUUUUCUUGAUUUUGAUUGUGGUUGCAAUUGUUGGGGUUUGGCAAGAGAAUAACGCUGAGAAAGCUUUACAAGCUCUUAAAGAAAUUCAGUCGGAGCAAGCAACUAUGGUACGCGAUGGCAAAAAGCAUACAAGUUUUCCUGCAAAAGAACUUGUUCCUGGUGACAUUGUUGAGCUUCGGGUUGGUGACAAAGUCCCCGCUGAUAUGAGGGUUUUGUUUUUGAUUAAUGUGGUGUGGCUUAUUAAUGUGAAAUACUUUCUCACUUGGGAGUAUGUUAAUGGGUGGCCCACGAAUUUUAAAUUCUCUUCUGAGAAGUGCACAUAUUACUUUGAGAUUGCAGUGGCAUUGGCAGUGGCUGCCAUUCCUAAAGGUUUACCUGCUUUUAUCACAACAUGUUUGGCCAUUGGCACGCGGAAGAUGGCUCAGAAGAAUGCGCUUGUCCGGAGGUUGCCUAGCGUCGAGACUCUUGGCUGCACAACUGUGAUCUGUUCUGAUAAAACUGGUACUCUAACUACCAAUCAAAUGGCAGUGGCAAAGCUUGUGGCAAUGGGUACCGGGCCAACUGCUACCCGAACUUUCGAUGUGGAAGGGACCACAUAUAGUCCUCUUGACGGAAAAAUUCGAGAUUGGCCCAAGGGUCGAAUGGAUUCGAAUCUACAAAUGAUCGCAAAGAUUGCUGCUUUGUGCAAUGACGCAGGCAUCGAACAAGCUGGAAAUCAUUACAUAGCCAGCGGAAUGCCCACUGAGGCAGCAUUGAAGGUUAUGGUUGAGAAAAUGGGACUUCCUGAUGGAUUGGAUUCUGGCACAUCUUCAGGUUAUAGAGAUGUCCUACGUUGUUGUCAAACAUGGAAAAAGCUUGAAAGACGGAUUGCCACUCUUGAAUUUGACCGUGAUAGGAAAUCUAUGGGAGUUAUAGUGAGUUCCAGCUCAGGAAGAAAAUCAUUGCUUGUAAAGGGUGCAGUAGAAAAUGUGUUGGAACGAAGCUCUUUUGUUCAAUUGCUUGAUGGUUCUAUUGUAGAACUGAAUCAAACUUCGAGGGAUAUUAUUUUAAAAAGCCUGCAUGAAACGUCCUCAAGUGCAUUACGUUGUUUGGGUUUUGCCUACAAGGAGGACCUCCAUGAGUUUGCUACAUAUAAUGGUGAUGAAGACCAUCCAGCACAUGAGCUUUUACUUAAUCCAUCUAACUAUUCGACAAUUGAGAGUAAACUCAUUUUUGUUGGCUUGGCUGGGCUAAGAGAUCCACCUCGGAAGGAGGUCCGCCAAGCCAUCGAGGACUGGAGAACAGCUGGCAUUCAAGUAAUGGUUAUUACAGGAGAUAACAAGAAUACAGCUGAAGCUAUAUGUCGCGAGAUAGGUGUAUUUGGACCACAUGAGGACAUCAGUUCUAAAAGCUUAACAGGGAGAGAGUUUAUGGAUCUUCCUGACCCCAAAAGUCAUCUAAGGCAAAGCGGAGGGCUGCUCUUCUCUAGGGCUGAACCAAGGCAUAAACAAGAAAUAGUCAGACUACUGAAAGAAAAUGGUGAAGUAGUUGCAAUGACUGGAGAUGGGGUGAAUGAUGCACCUGCCUUGAAAUUAGCUGAUAUUGGAAUUGCAAUGGGCAUUGCUGGAACUGAGGUUGCGAAGGAAGCUUCUGACAUGGUUUUAGCAGAUGACAAUUUCAGUACAAUCGUUGCUGCUGUAGGUGAAGGCAGAUCUAUUUACAAUAAUAUGAAGGCCUUUAUCAGGUCUGUUUCUCCACAAUGUUUUUCGUAGCUUUUACCAAAUUCCACUAUGGGACUGGCUUGAUGCUUUUAAGUUUUAAUCUAGAAGUACUUAUUUUGGUCUACUUUGCCAUAAGUCUGCGUAUUUUUCUCUUAUGAGAACGUGAUCGAUCACUAUAAUGGGAAUGAUCUCUCAAAAAGCAAAUAUACAUUUACAUACAUAUACAGUGACAUUAAUUUUAUACAUAUGUUUUCAUAUAAAUUGCUUAUGGUUUGAAAAACCUGGAUAAGCCAUGUGAAACAAUUCUCAGCUUUACUGAUAAGGUUGUCCUUACCUUUUGUCUUCCUAUAAGUAUGGUCUUCUGU